CUCAUUUCUUGGUGGCAAGUGGCAAGCAAAUGUCUCACUUUGCAAGCUGAUUGAUUCACUGGUUGGAAAUUUAAUUACAAAUUAUUCAAAGUAAUUAAUUGACAAGUUGUUCUCGGCAAGUUUUUAAUUGUACCCACAUGGAACUUCCCGACAUAUUCUACGACCGACCGGCCUACGUCGAAACGGCCUCUGGGAACAAAGUCAGUCGAAACACGGUGCUUUGUGGGUCACAAAAUAUUGUCAUCAAUGGAAAAUCAAUCGUUCGAGAGGGGGUAAUUAUUCGUGGAGAUUUAGCCAACGUUCGAAUCGGGAGACAGUGCGUUAUCAAUAAGGAAGUCGUUAUUCGGCCCCCUUUCAAGAAAUUUAGUAAAGGGGUCGCCUUUUUUCCCUUGCACAUUGGCGACAACGCGUACAUCGGAGAGGGUUCCAUCGUCAAUGCUGCCGUCGUUGGGUCGUACACUUACAUCGGGAAGAAUUGCAUUAUUGGUCGUCGCUGCGUACUGAAGGACUGCGCCAUGAUUGCGGAUAAUACCGUCCUCGCCCCGGAAACGGUGGUCCCUUCGUUUUCCAUUUAUUCUGGAUCGCCCGGCCUGCACACGGGCGACCAGCCCGAUUGUACGCAGGAUUUAAUGAUUGAAUUCACCAAAAGUUAUUAUCAACACUUCAACCCCAACAAGUGAUAUACUAGUCAGUGGGAUAAUUAAUUAAGUAAAUAAUUAACUAAUUUUAGUGGGCGAGGUGCUUCCGGAUAAUUAAGUAUCUACAAAUAUUUCGCAAUUUUGUACACUUUUCUCUAAAUCUUCUUGUUCAAAAAGUAUGCAUAGACUUUUUCAAUCUUUUUUUGGGGGAAAUUUUGACCAAAAUUUACAUAAAUAAUUCUAUCAUAAAGUUACAUUGGUUAGGUAAUUAGUUAAUUAAUUAGAAAUAAUUAAGAUUUUCAUCGUACUGCCCAAUUUUAUUUAUUCGUUCUCAUUUUGUUUACAAUAUUUUUCUGUUUGUAAAUGAUACCAAGUUUGUCGAAAAUAUACCAAUUUUUCCUAA